AUGAUAACGAUCCCACGUCCUGGGCUGAGUGCUCAGCAUGCUCACCUGCUUCGAAGUGUAAAAACAACAAAACUUUUGAGGAAACCGAUUCCAUUUGGUUCCUCAUGGACGUCCACCAAGCUCAGCUCAACCCUAAUCUACCCAGAACCGCCAACAAACAACCAUCAUGAUUUGCCCUCAUUUCUCAACUACGCCGACAGGUCGGGGCUUGACCCAAAGUCUACUCUUUAUGUUGGUACCCACUACGAGUAUACGGUCGCGCAAGUACUUGCCAAGUACGGCUUCUAUCUGAAGAGGGUGGGCGGUCACUCAGACUACGGCAUCGAUCUGCUUGGAACAUGGACUGUGCCAUCCUCCAAGCAGCCAUUGAGAGUCUUGGCGCAGUGCAAAGCCAUCGCGAGGAAGUCGUCCCCCAACCUGGUGCGUGAGCUAGAGGGCGCUUUUGUGGGCGCGCCUGUUGGAUGGAAGGGCCAUGGGGUCUUGGGGGUCUUCAUCACCGAGAAACCGGCGACCAAGGGUGUGAGGGACUCGCUCGCGCGCAGCAGGUGGCCUAUGUGCUUCAUCUCGUGCACAAGAGCAGGGCAUGUCCAGCAGAUGCUGUGGAACCGCAGAGCCGAGGAGGAGGGACUAGAGGGCUUGGGGGUGGGCAUGCGGCACGCCGGCAGGGACGGGGAGUCACAGCUCUCGAUGUUGUGGAAGGGCCAGCACAUCACGCACGAGGACACGAAUAGGGACCUUACUUUCUCUUCAGAAGGGCAUGCGAAAUAA